AAAGAAAGUGUCAAUCGGUAUUGUGAAUGACUCGUAAAGACUUUCGAUUGUUUCUUCUUCGCUGUUUAGAAUUGCUGUGGUGUACAGGUAAAGAUGGAAAUAAGGUGACUACAGUAGUGGCGACGCCUGGCCAAGGGCCAGACCGGCCUUUGGAAGUAUCAUACACUGAUACGAAAGUCAUUGGCAAUGGAAGUUUUGGUGUUGUCUACCAAGCAAAGCUUUGCGACACCAAUGAAAUGGUGGCUAUUAAAAAAGUUCUCCAGGACAAAAGGUUUAAGAACCGAGAAUUACAAAUAAUGAGGCGCCUAGAACAUUGUAACAUAGUAAAGUUGAAAUACUUCUUCUAUUCUAGUGGAGAUAAGAAAGAUGAGGUGUAUUUAAAUUUAGUAUUGGAGUAUAUUCCUGAAACAGUGUACAAAGUCGCCAGACACUAUAGCAAGUCUAAACAAACCAUACCCAUUAGUUUCAUUAAGUUAUACAUGUACCAGGUGAUGAGGAGCUUAGGCUACAUUCAUUCAUUAGGCAUCUGUCAUAGGGACAUUAAACCUCAAAACCUUCUUCUCCAUCCAGAAUCAGGAGUUCUUAAACUGUGUGACUUUGGAUCUGCAAAACAUCUAGUUAAAGGAGAACCGAAUGUAUCUUACAUUUGUUCAAGAUAUUAUAGGGCUCCUGAACUUAUUUUUGGGGCUAUUGACUACACCACCAAAAUAGAUGUUUGGAGUGCGGGAUGUGUUCUUGCUGAAUUGUUACUUGGCCAACCAAUUUUUCCUGGGGAUUCAGGAGUCGACCAGUUGGUAGAAAUAAUUAAAGUUCUUGGUACUCCAACAAGGGAACAAAUUCGGGAAAUGAAUCCCAAUUACACAGAAUUUAAGUUUCCUCAGAUCAAAUCCCAUCCUUGGCAAAAGGUAUUUAGAGCCAGGACACCUCCCGAAGCAAUUGAACUUGUUUCACGAUUGCUUGAAUAUACCCCAAGCUCCCGUAUCUCUCCACUUCAGGCUUGUGCUCAUGCCUUCUUUGACGAACUUCGAGACCCAACUACUUGUUUGCCGUUGGGUAGGCCGCUUCCUCCUCUCUUCAAUUUUACUGAACAAGAAAAAGAAUUGAACAAACAUCUCUCAUAUCCUGGAGAUUUCAGUUGUUGAACUUCAAUGGCACAUGAAGGAUUUCUAAUUGUUUUAAAAUAAAACUUAAAACUUUGGACAAAUGUUUGUGAAUUAAGUAAUGAAAUAAUUUUUUAAAUAACUUCUCGGCUGUGGAAAUUUGUAUAUAUUUUUAUGAAAGUGAAAAAAUAAAUGCUUAUUUCAGCUUAUCUUUUUAUUUGUUAGUAAUCUAAUAAUUGAUUGUGUUUCACACUUGAUUACAGGAACUUAUCCAGAGUAAUACCAAUGUUUAUGAUGUAUAUGUAUAAUUAAUGGAUAUUAAUGAUAGUUAAAUGAUUCUUGUUGUUAAUUGAUGUUGAUUUAUUUUGGGAAUAAAAAUCAUUAGAUCAUAAUUGUAUAAUUGUGCUUGUACUCUUACAUUUAAAUAUAUAAUGCAUUCAGUGGUUA